AUGUCCUUCUUGCUUGGUGACGACUACGCAAGCAGCAGCGACAGUGAGAGUGACGAAGAAACGAUAACGAGGCAGACGGCGGACCAAGAGGCGGAAAGUCCGGCGCAGCUCCUGCCGUCAGUCGACAGCGUCUUGUCCAGCGUGUCAGCGUCCACGGCCUCGUUCCUGCCGCCUAAAUAUGGUGCGAAAGCUCAGAGCACCGUCAAAUCCUUCGACCUAAUGGGCCGCAAAAGACCUCCGCCACCGGAAGUGGCGACCAAACAGCAGUUGGCCAAGCGUGAGAAGAAAGAUGGCAAGGAACGCGUCAAGAACCAGCGGCUGAAAGGCCAGGCAGGCAUCGGGUCCGAUUUCCGCGUCUGGAAGUCCGAGACGGAGAUGGCGCUGCGACAGCAGUUUGACUAG